AUGUCAUCGCCAUCAAAUAUCAUCAUAUCCAACAAUGAUUUUUCGAUUAAGCUAGAAAAAGGUGCACUAUUUCAAAUGCGUAAUGGAAAUCGAAAAGUUUGGGAUGGUCGACACUGGAGAAUACUUUGUGAAAUAGAAGGUUGUAUGUCACAACGACAAGGUUCAUUACGCUAUCGAAAAGGUUUAUGUAAAAAACAUUUUAAUGAACUAUUUUCAAAGACAGUAUCGUUAUCAUCACAGCAAAAAGAAACAAAGAAAAAAAGUCUCGAUUCUAUUGUGGAUCAUUUACUAUUACAACAAAUCGUGAAGAAAAGAAUGCAAGAAAAACAACAAGACGGAAACAGUGAAAAUUCGUUGCAUUUUUCACAAAUUAAACAAGAAGACACUGAUAGAGAUGGUAUUAUUUUUUUGUGUGCAAUAACAAAAUGA